UAAAGAUAUCUGGCAGGGAAUGUUAUUUGUUCUUUUUCAAGUUUCAACUCUAGUCCAUUCGGAAGAUACCCGACGAGUCGAGAUCAAAUUAGCAAGAGACUUGUUGCUUCUCUCUCUCUCUCUCUUGCGUCCGAGGAUCAGAAUAAAGUUGCACGAUUUUGAGUUCAAUCCUAGCGAUCAUUAUCGUCCAAUGACUCACAUUAUAAUUGAAACGACCUCCCACUUUGUCAGGAAAAUAUGUAAUUAGAGAUAAGAGAUGACAGUAAAGUGGGUUCGAUGCAAGAUUAAUUUACGAUUGUUUGUAGUGAGCCGGACUAAAUGAAAACCGUCCAUUUCGAAAAGAAAGGAAAAAUCGAUAAUGUCUCUAAAUUGAUGGAAGAAUUUACGAGCAGUUCAAUUUGUCAUUCAACGUAAAAUGUAUUCCUAACCUCUUAAACCUCUUAAACCUAACCUAAGCUCCUAAUAGCGACAUCACUGUCCGUUGACCGUUCCUUCCCGUACAACGUAGAUACAAUGCAAAGUGCAGAGUCCGAUUUAACAACUGUUGCUAGCUCGUGAUAAUGACAAGCGAUUGUCGUCAAAGACAUAACGCUGUUGUGCCAGUGGUCAGAUAUGUUCUCGCCUUGGAUUUUCUUCCCAACUACUCUUUCGAGCGCGAAUCAUUUUGCGGUAUCUAGAGAUUGAAAGUAUUUUUUCGUUUUUUCGCUUCAAGUUAACUGCACAAUUGUCAACUACAGUAAGAUAACUUUCCAAAGAGAUAUCAUGGAUAUCGUUAUAAAGUUGAACGAGCAAACGGCAGGGAGGGACAAAGUAAUAAGAUUACUUCAAUAUGGAAGUCGAGCGUAUUGGUACUACGCGCAAAAUGUGCCUAGCACGAGAUACUCUGCCGAAGUUUUGAGAAGUCUCGAAUUCACUUUUAGUUCAUUUCGAAAAUUGCUACGUUUUGGAAGAUGCCUGGACAGCUUGUAUUCUGCCCUAAAAAUUACUAAGUAUCCCGAUCCUACAGUGAGAAUAACAUUAAUCGUGGCGAAGCUGGCAAAUGCUUUGUACUUAUUGGCAGAUCAUUUUAUAUGGGUUGGCAGAGUAGGAAUUUUACGAGUCGAUCUAGAAAAAUGGAAUAAAGCUGCUAAUAAAUAUUGGUUAUUGACCAUUGUUAUGAGUUUAAUCAGAGACAUUUAUGAGAUCGCCAAGAUUUUCGGACACGAGAAGAGUGCGUUUAAGCAACGUCAUAUAUUAUACUCUUUAAGAAAUCACAAGCAAGUUGUCAUGGAUACCGUUAAAAAUGUAUGUGAUUUACUUAUUCCAUUGACAGCAUUAGGUGUCACAAAAUGUACUCCGGGUACAAUAGGCUUCCUUGGUAUUAUUUCUUCGUUGAUUGGCUUGUAUACAAUUAUUGAUCCGCUUUAUAAAUUGUCCCCAUCCUAAGACAUUUCUUAACUCGUUGUCUGAUGGUAUAUGCGUACAAUGUAUAAUUAUUAUCAUUUGUAUAUGUACAUACAUUACAGAUAUAAAAGAGGGAGAGGAGAGGG